UGUGAAAGACCCUUUAACUUGGGUGCAUGUGAGGUUAAGUUACCCUGUGUUUUCACACACUAUUCCAUUUUAAUUCCUCCUCGUAAAUUUUCAGGUUUUGUGAAUUUGCCAUGAAAUUUUAAAACUAGCGUGUGUAUUCUAACCCAAUUUCAUUUUAGCCCUUUGUAAGUGUUCAUCACAGGUCACAGGUCACUCCAAGAUGACCCUCCUCAGUAUCCAAAAGAGCGAUGAGUUUGAAACUCUCAUCCAGAGUCCAGAGUUGGUCACAAUUCAUUUUUAUGCCGAUUGGUCGGAUCAGUGCAAACACAUGGAUUCUGUUUUCUCAGAGCUAUCGAAACAAGCAGACUUUAAAGGAGUCAAGUUUGCCAAAAUUGCAGCAGAAGAUUUCCCUGAUCUCUCAAUGAAAUACAAUGUAGCCGCAGUUCCUACUUUCGUUUUUUUCAAAAGCGGGCAAGAUAUCGACCGUGUCGAUGGUGCAAACGCCCCUCAGCUUACAGCAAAGAUAAAAUCCUUGAUAAGUGCCAAACCCACCGUUACCUCUGGCGCAAAUCAUGUUGGAGAGGGAGAAGACAUUAAUGAUAGGCUGAAACGACUCAUCAACAGUGCUCCUGUCAUCCUCUUCAUGAAAGGCACCCCAGACACGCCAAAAUGUGGUUUCAGUAAUCAAAUAGUUUCAAUCCUUCGCGAGGUGAACUGUAAUUUCGCCUCUUUUGAUAUUCUCAACGAUAAUGCUGUACGAGAAGGCCUAAAAAAAUUUUCCAAUUGGCCAACAUACCCACAGCUCUAUGUGGAUGGUAAUUUGAUUGGUGGCUUGGAUAUCAUCAAAGAAAUGAAAGAAAGUGGAGAAUUAGAAGAGUUAGUCAAAUCCAAGAGUGGUCCAUCUUCAAAUGGAACCUCAAGUUUAAAUGAGCGGCUGAAAGCCCUCAUCAAUCAGGCAAAUGUAAUGGUUUUCAUGAAAGGCAACCCUGAAAAUCCUCGGUGUGGUUUCAGCAGACAGUUGAUGGAAAUUUUGAAAGAAACAGGGGUUAAAUUUGAAACCUUUGACAUUUUAAACGAUAACUCAGUGCGUGAGGGUCUGAAAAUCUACUCAUCAUGGCCGACGUAUCCACAAGUAUAUGUGAAAGGGAGUCUAAUUGGCGGCUUAGACAUUAUCAAAGAACUCAAAGAAGCGGGAGAGUUAGUUUCAUCUCUAACAUCAUCUUAAAUCAUUCAUUUGUCAUUUAACUUUUUUGUUGAACAUCAUUUUAGGACAAUUAAACACUAUUUUUCCAAAAAGAAAA